AUGACUAAUUGCCUCCCUUUUUUUAGCUUUGCCACAUAUCAUUCUGUUUGCUUUACCCUUUCUGAUUACCCUCCAAUGAGGACAAGGAACGUAUUCCUUAUCAAGACAUACCUUCAUCAACCAUUCUUCUUCAUCAACAUCAUCCCCUUCCUUCUCCCAUCUUUGACAUCCAUGGAAGAUCUGAACAUGCUGGCCGCAGAUUGUGUAGUCAUAUCUUGUUGCUGCCAAUGCUUGAUACUACAAUCGAUCAUAUUCGUCUUGCUCAAACUUCCCCGCAAAGUCAUUCAGAAGACCAGAGCAUAUGCUAAGAAGAAGCUUUGGCACAGAAAGAAAGAGAAGAUAUUAGAAUCGGUCAGGGGUAGGUUCCAGGAUAGUUUUGAUAAAUUUCUAGAAGGGUCUAUAGAAAUCCAAGUAGAUGACUUCCAUGGAGGGCAUGAUUGUGAGAGCUGCAUUGAGGAAGUUGAGGAAGUCUUAGAAGGUUUUUCUCAGAAGGGGGAGUUUGCUUUCGGAAGCUUUUGGGGUAGGGUUGGAUCAGGGACCUCUCCAGCAUGUAUAGUAGCUGUGCAGGAAUUUGAUUUAAGUUUUGCACAGUUUGAAGUGGUUGAAACAAUCAGUACAUCUUUCAGGCAUUCAUAUUAAUCAAGCAAAAAAGAGAAUAGGAGAUAACAUAUUGAUUGCUCAGGAAGUGGUGAAAGGCUAUCUUAGGAAAAAUAGGCCUCCCAGUUGUGCUCUCAAAUUGACUUGAUGAAAGCUUUUGACUCCGUACAUUGGGAUUUUCUGUUUAAUUUCGUAGAAGCUAUUAAUAUCCCUGCUAAAUUCAUUGCUCGGAUCAAGGCUGUGUUACAACUCCAUCUUUCUCUAUUGUGGUUAAUGGAAGCUUGCACAGAUAUUUUUUCUGGCAGUAAAGGAUUGAGGCAAGGAGAUCCAUUGUCUCCGUACUUGUUAGUAUUUGCCAUGGAGAUUCUUUCUUGCCUACUAAAUAGAUCAGCUAUGGGAGGCCAACUGUCUAACCAUCCCAAAUGUAAAAAGAACAAUCUUACUUAUUUGUGUUUUGCAUAUGAUUUAAUGAUCUUUACAACAGGAACAGUGGAUUCUCUUGAAAAAGUUGCAGACAUACUUCAUCAAUUCUAUUGUUUGUCUAGAUUAAAGCGCAAUCCUUUGAAGAGUGAAUUUUCUGUGCUGAGGUAGAUGCUUCUCUUUCUCAUUCUAUGCUGGUUGUUACUGGGUUCAAGAUUGGUAAACUGCCUGUAAAAUAUUUGGGGUGUUCCGUUAAUUACGAAAAAGCUGGCUUACACAGAUUGCAAGCCUUUACUGGACAGAAUAUCUUCAAGACUUCAGAAAUGGGCAAAAAAAAAAUCUUUCAUUUGCUGGAAGAUUACAGUUAAUAUCAUCUGUCAUCUUUAGCAUUCAGAACUAUCGGUGUUGUUGCCAGCAUGAGUAAUGAAGGUUACAGAGCAGCAGUGUAAUGCUUUUCUAUGGAAGGUUAAAGAGGGGCCUGCCAGAGGAGCUAAAGUUGCUUGAAGCAAAGUUACGUUGCCCAAGCACGAGGGUGGAUUGGGGGUAAAAAAGAUCAAAGAAUGGAAUGUUGCCUUCAUUUUUAGAUGUAUUUGGAUUUGUUUAUGAAGGCAGGAUCUCUAUGGUAGCGCGGGUGACUGUUAAUAGAUUGAAAGGGAGAAGCUUUUGGGGUUUGAAAAUAACAGGGGACUCCACUUGGUAUUGGAAAAGGCUUCUCAAGUUCAGAAAGUUUGUUUGGGAUCAAAGUCACUACAUUGUGGGAGAUGGAAAAACUACUCAACUGUGGUGGCAUCCAGAUGGUGUGCUUGUUAAAUCCUAUGGAUAGAGGAUACUGUUCGAAUCUGGAAUUCUAUUUAAUGCUAAGUUGUUAGCAGUCUUGAGAGAUGGCAAUUGGGUAUGGCCUAGUUUCUUUUCUGAAGCUUUGCUUAGACUACAAAUGGCUAUAUGUGGGUGCUAUUUAUCCUGAUCGUUUGUCUGAGGAUAAGGUGCUUUGGGGAACUAUACAAGGCACAGAUACUUGAGGAAGCUCAUCUGAAUCCUAGUUUUUCUUAUAUUUGUAAUCAGUGGAUGUUGUUAUAGCUAGUUGACAUAAAAGAUGUACAUGCUGAUGGCCUAAACUUUGUAGUAGGAUGAAUUCCUACUUGUCUCUUUUUGGAUAAAUUAAAUCUUCAUUUAUCAUAUAAAAAAAAAAGGCAUGGUGUUUUAUUU